AUGUGGUCAGACAAUCUUUCAGUGGUUGAACGCGUGACGACCUCGCUGGACCGGAACGUGGUCCGUCGGUCAUGGGACAACGGCGACCUGUGGCUUGUUGCGAGUGAUUGGCUGGAUUGUUUUGGUGCCUCAGACACCCUUUCGAGGACUGGCUACGUGCGUGGAACACUGCCGCUGAUGAGGCGGCAGUGGCCCGCAAUCAGCAACGAUCCUUGGAGCAUGAACACAAGCUGCAAUUGGCGAACGCGUUUUUCGAGACUACAUGCUGCCGGCUACGUUCUUUUUACUUCCACGUGGUUGAGCAACGGCAGACCACCUCCUUUCAGCCUUCUACUGAGAGCAGUGAAGAUCAGGACGGCAGCGCCGCUCUGCUUUGCAGCUGAGUGCAAUGCUUUGACCAAUCCGCGGUAUUUCCUUUUUUCGACGACCAGAGUUUGUCGUCGUCGCUUGGGGAGUUUGCUUGUCGCACUCUGCUCUUGUUGGGCCAAAAACACUUGGCGCCUGCGCUUUCGAAGCCGUUCCUACUUCAAGUACUUGCCGCGUUGA